AUGGGUCCAAUGGACGAUGCAAAGAAGGAGGUGGUGAGUCAACUCGGUGAGCUGAUAAAAGACAUUUCUGGGUUACCCGAGUGCCGAAAUGUCUCGAAGGAACUGUACAGUGAUUUGGUUCGGAGAGUGAAGCUCCUGAGCCCUCUGUUUGAGGAAUUGAAAGACAGCGAUGAAGAGCUCAGUGACGACACCCAUAUGGGUCCAAUGGACGAUGCAAAGAAGGAGGUGGUGAGUCAACUCGGUGAGCUGAUAAAAGACAUUUCUGGGUUACCCGAGUGCCGAAAUGUCUCGAAGGAACUGUACAGUGAUUUGGUUCGGAGAGUGAAGCUCCUGAGCCCUCUGUUUGAGGAAUUGAAAGACAGCGAUGAAGAGCUCAGUGACGACGUCAUUUUAGGGCUUGAAGCUUUGAAGAUUGCUUUCAUUAGGGCCAUAGAGCUUCUUCGAUCGGUCAACGAAGGGAGCAAAAUUUUUCAGGCUCUGCAAAUGGACAAAAUUGCAGUAAAGUUCCGUCAACUGACAGAACAUAUUGAAGAAGCUCUGACCCAGAUUCCUUGUGAUAAACUCAAUAUCUCAGAGGAAGUGCGAGAACAGAUUGAACUUGUGCAUGUAAAAUUUAAAAGAGCAAUGGGCAGGAUGCACUCACCUGAUUUGCAACUGGAAAUGGAUUUAGCUAUGGCACAAAAGGAAAAAGACACUGACCUUUCCAUUCUGAAAAGGCUUUCGGAAAAGUUGCAUCUCAGGACUAUAAACAAUUUAAAGAGGGAGUCAAUUGCUAUCCACGAUAUGGUUAUAUAUAGUGAUGGAGUUCAAGAUCACUGCUUUGAGACCAUGUCAUUAAUCCUUAGGAAGCUAAAGGACUGUGUAGUGAUGGGAAACCCCAACUUUGAUGCCUCCGAGGAUGAAAAGGCCUUGAUUAAGCACAGAUCUCCGGUUAUCCCUGAUGAUUUUCGGUGUCCAAUAUCCCUUGAAUUGAUGAAAGAUCCUGUUAUUGUUUCUACUGGACAGACAUAUGAAAGGUCCUGCAUUCAGAAAUGGCUGGACGCAGGGCACAAGACUUGUCCCAAGACUCAGCAGACUCUUUUGCAUACUGCCUUAACACCUAACUAUGUCUUGAAGAGUCUUAUUGCUUUGUGGUGUGAGAGUAAUGGUGUUGAGCUGCCAAAGAAACAGAACAAUUGUAGUAAUAGAAGAUCAGGGGCUGGUGGUUCAGACUGUGGUCGAGCUGCUAUCGAUGCCUUGUUACAAAAACUUGCAAAUGGUAAUUCAGAACAGCAUAGAGCAGCUGCCGAGGCAGGAGCCAUUCCUCUGCUUGUAGAACUACUAUCAUCUACUGAUUCUCGGACCCAGGAGCACGCUGUUACGGCGCUUCUCAACCUUUCCAUAAACGAGGCAAACAAGGGAAGUAUUGUAAAUGCAGGAGCUAUACCUGAUAUCGUAGAUGUGUUGAAAAAUGGCAGCAUGGAAGCAAGAGAGAAUGCUGCUGCAACCCUUUUUAGUUUAUCAGUGCUGGAUGAAAACAAGGUGGCAAUCGGAGCAGCAGGGGCUAUCCCAGCUCUUAUCAAUUUGCUCUGCCAGGGCACUCCAAGGGGAAAGAAGGAUGCAGCUACUGCAAUUUUUAAUCUCUCAAUAUAUCAGGGAAACAAGGUGAGAGCAUUAAAGGCGGGGAACGUGGCACCACUGAUGGGAUUGCUGAAGGAUGCUGGUGGUGGAAUGAUGGAUGAGGCAUUAGCAAUACUGGCUAUACUUGCAAGCCAUCAAGAAGGUAAAGCAGCGAUUGGUCAGGCUGAGCCAAUGCCAGUACUGGUAGAGGUUAUAAGAACCGGUUCACCACGCAACCGGGAGAAUGCUGCCGCUCUAUUGUGGUCACUGUGUACAGGUGAUGUACAAUGUUUAAGAAUAGCUAAGGAGCUUGGGGCAGAAGAGGUAUUGAAGGAACUGUCGGAGAAUGGCACCGAUCUGGCCUAGAGAAAAGCCGCAAGCAUUUUAGAACUUCUCCAACAAGUUGAAGCAGUCUGUGUUUCAUGAUAUUCAGGUGAAACUUAGAUUUCUUCCCGAAGCUCUUGUAAGUCUUCAUAGUAGACCUCAGAAUAUUGUGCAGGAGUUUUGUUAUCCUCUUGAAACAUAGGUAUUAUAUAGACAGAUAUGUUGGUGUAUUAAAUCAAGGUAUUUGUGUACAAAAAUAUGGAUGGGAGCGGUGUCUUUUUUUGUAACAUCUUUCUUUUUUUUGGGUGAAAUGGGAUUUGUAGGGUCAUGGAUUGUUGGUAAUGGGAAGAAGUUAUAUUUAUUCCCCAAUUUAAACAUUAGAAUUUUGCUUGACUUUUGAAGUGGGCAACUGAUUUUAGGCGGCCUUUAUGUCUUGGUACUGUAAUGUUGAUGUCGCA